GGUCUACGCCAGAGCAAGCGAUAGAGGUUAAUACGCUAGAAAGGGAAGUGCGCUUGGUUGGAGCUCCGCCGCCUCCGCCCCCUGGAGACACCACGCCGAAGCUGACCCCUUAUGAGGAGUUGGUCAAUAAUGUUAGAGGGCAUCUACGACGGGCUAUGGUUAUAUUCGAACCUGUGGAGCCCAUACGCCCGCUGGAUCG